AUGGUGACAAUUGGCAAUGCGCAUGAGGAUUUAAUACAUGAUGCCGUAUUAGAUUACUAUGGCAAACGAUUGGCUACUUGUUCAUCCGAUAAAACGAUAAAGAUUUUUGAUAUUGAUGGCACUGACAACUACAAAUUAAUCACAACUUUAGUUGGACACGAGGGCCCCGUUUGGCAAGUUGCUUGGGCUCAUCCUAAAUUUGGCUCGAUUUUAGCCUCGUGCUCCUACGAUGGUAAAGCUUUGAUUUGGAAAGAGCAACCAGAAACGCAACAAUGGUCAAUAAUUGCUGAACAUACUAUACAUCAAGCCAGUGUCAAUUCAGUAAGCUGGGCUCCGCAUGAAUUGGGAGCGGUAUUGUUGUGUUCAUCAUCCGAUGGCAAAGUAUCUGUAGUUGAUUUCAAUGAUGAUGGAACUACUUCACAUGUCAUUUUCGAUGCACAUGCAAUUGGAGUCAAUUCAGCAUCCUGGGCGCCAAUCACCACAUUGUCAUCGACAUCAAAAGAUGCCGCUAGCUUGAAACAACAACGUCGGUUUGUUACAUGCGGAUCGGAUAAUUUGACCAAGAUUUGGAAAUAUGAUCCAAAUACUAACAAUUAUAUUGAAGAGGCGAAAUUGGAAGGACAUACUGAUUGGGUUAGGGAUGUAGCUUGGUCACCAUCGAAUGUUAUUCGUCCGUAUAUUGCUACUGCAUCUCAAGAUCGUACUGUAUUGAUUUGGACGCAGGACAAGGACGGCAAGUGGCAAAAGCAGCCAUUGACGGAUGAAAAAUUCCUCGAUGUGUGUUGGAGAUGUUCAUGGUCGUUAUCAGGAAACAUCUUGGCGGUUUCUGGCGGUGACAAUAAGGUGACUUUAUGGAAAGAGAACUUAAAGGGUAAAUGGGAACCAGCUGGAGAAGUGGAACAAUAA